GAAAUAAAUAAAUGCAACCGAAAACAAACACUCCUUAUAUGUAUAUAUGUAUAAGCUAGAAUGAUCCAAGAGGAGGGAGUAAUAACAAAUAAUUAAUUAAGUAGUAAAGGAUCGCAGGAGGAUAUUGAACUAAAGAUGAGAAAUUUGUUGAAAAAUGGAUUGAUGAUGAAGAAGAGCACUAGUGUACGAGGUUCAUUCAAGAAAGCUGCCGGGGAAUCAAAGGGAUCAGAGAAGUUUCCCAGUCUAGAAGGCCACCCAAUUGCUCAAGAACACGCCGAAGAAGCUGUUGAGUCUCACGUAAACAGGUUGAGAAUCCAAUCUCAGAAGAAAGAGUUCAGAAUCUACAGAUGGAGCCCUGAUAAUCCCAACCAGAAGCCAUUUCUUCAGUCAUUUCACGUCGAUCUAUCCUCUUGUGGCCCCAUGGUUCUGGAUGCCUUGCAGAAGAUAAAGGGCGAGGAGGAUUCGAGUUUGAGUUACAGGAGGUCUUGCAGGGAAGGGAUAUGCGGGUCGUGCUCGAUGAACAUAGACGGCGUCAAUACCGUGGCGUGUCUGAAGCCAAUAGACACAGACACGAGCAGGGCGACGGUGAUCACGCCUCUGCCGCACAUGUUCGUCAUCAAAGACUUGGUGGUUGACCUCACUAACUUCUACCAACAAUACAAGUCAAUUGAGCCGUGGCUGAAGACCAGAAAGGCGGCCCCGGAGGGAAGGGAAUACAGGCAGACACCGGAGGAGAGGAAAAGGCUAGACGGGCUGUACGAGUGUAUAUUAUGCGCCUGCUGCUCAACUUCCUGCCCUUCUUACUGGUGGAAUCCUGAGGAGUUUCCCGGCCCGGCAGCGUUGCUCCACGCUUAUCGUUGGAUUUCUGACAGCCGAGACGAUUAUGCAGAAGAGAGAUUGCAGGCGAUAACGGAGAACCAGAAACGGUUGUAUAGGUGCAGGACUAUAAAGAACUGCGCGGCGUGUUGUCCCAAGAGCCUCAACCCAGCAAAUGCCAUAAAUAAGAUGAAGACUAGGCACCUUACCGCAUACCCAGUGGAGAAAUAUGAAGCGGAACCAGAGCCUCGUUAUGGACAAUCUUGAAUUUUUAAUUCAUCUUUAACUUAUGCUAUAUAUUGUUAUGGCACACUGGUAGCGAUCAUAUAUAUUAUAUAUAUGACAGAUUGACAGUGCAUCUAAAUUGAGUUUUUAUAUAUAUAUAGUUGUUGAGGGUGACAGGCUUUUAUAGAUGAUGCUACUUUUAAUUAAAAUUGUGGUUUUCAAUAUCUUUUGCUUCCUCUAAAUAUUUAGAUGAUUUUAAUUCUUCCAUCACCGAGAUUCUAGCUUUCCCACAAAAUUCAAAACCCACACAAAAGUGAU